CAUGACAGUCGAGAAAAUAUAAAUUGAAUGCACAUGACAAAAAUUGACAAACAUUAUUAACAUUUCGAAGUUUUAGUACCAAUAUCGGUUGAACCAAUGAGAGCGGCUGUUACAGAGCGUCAGGAUCCCGCGGCAAGAUGGCUGCCGAAGCGGCAGUUUUGUGGAAGCAAGGCUGGCACCUGUCAGCUGAGGGGAUUGCAACACUAAAGCAAGAGAAUAACAUCACUACAAUAGAUGGUAUUGUUAGGAAAGCUCUGGAUGAGGACCUGAAAUCCAUAGGAGAAAAGUUUCUGCCUGAGGACAUUAGCAGGGGAGGCAGCAGUGAACUGAUUGGUCCAUGUGUUCUCCAAGUGACGAAGGUGCGGAACGUGUCAGCGCCCAAGGCUAACGAGGAGUCGGGCCACGCCCCCCGGAUGCUGAAGGUUCAGAUGACAGACGGUCACACCACCUGUAUCGGCCUGGAGGUGGCACAGGUGCAACAACUCAGCCUGUCCACCCCUCCUGGUACAAAAGUGAAGUUGACCGGCUCCAUUCCCAUCAGUAAUGGGUUCCUGAUGUUGGAAGGGUCCAAUGUCAAGGUCCUGGGGGGGCAGGUGGAGAAACUCUUCUCUAGAUGGGAUAUUCAAAGAAAACUAGCACAUCACUCACGAGCCAACGUGAAGGUGGAGGGCGGCGCCCCACCAUUUGUACCAUUUGGACAGAGAGUCUCCAGUGGUGCAGUGGCAACGAAAGACUUAAGGUACAAGAAGAGUCUUCCCAAGAAAGAGACGGAGUCUGAAGAAGCAGACGAGUUCUCGGAGCAGAGGAAGGCCGUGAUCGCGGAGGUCAGUAAAUCGAAGGAGGGGACGAAGACGUUUGGAGGGACGGGCAGUCUGCCGGCCACCGCCAUCCCGGAGAAGAAGUGGGGAGGGCCUGCAGACAGGAGGGGCGACAACAGGGCUCAGGGAGUCUACAGGGAACUGUCCAACGAGUCGUCUCAGGUUGAAGAGAAAUCGGUACAGAAGCUACUGGAGAUGGGCUUCAGCAGGCAGGACGCUGUGGGCAGUCUGAGGCAGAGCAGCGGGGAUGUACAGGAGGCCAUCAACACACUGGUCAACAGUCAGGGACAGGGCCCCGGCCAGGGUCACGGCAGGCAAGGCACAGGACACAGGGGACAGAGGGACGACAGGGGCAGAGGGCGAGGUCGUGGGAGGAGAGGUCGGGGUGAGGAGGAUGAGGAGGAUGUGAGUACCAGGCCGUCUGGACCAGCCACUCUGUUUGACUUCAUCCUGGAGUCAAAGAUUGACAACUUGAAAAUAGAUGACUCGAAAGCCGUCCCCGGUGCCCAGAACAGCCAGCCUCCCCGGUACAACAGGCCACAGGGUGGGAGAGACCAGAGAGAGAACCACUAUGACGGGCAGGGCUGGCCUGAGGUGGGAGACUCACAGUUCUACGGGCACAGGAACCAGAACAAUGAGUACAGGGGCCAGAGAAACCCGCCUGGCGGCAGGCAGCAGUACGACCAGCACAGCAGGGAGGGAGGGCACCACUUCAACGACUCCAGACCAUACGACAGUGGCAGGGGGGGAAGGGGUGGACGGGGGAGAGGGGGCAGACACGACCGGGGGGGCGGGGGUAGAGGUAGGGGUGGUGGUGAUAGUAGCUACAACAGGGGGUACCAGGAGGAUGCUGGAAGGGGAAGGAGAGGUGACAGUAGUAGGCAGAAUUUUGAUGACUUUGGUCGACAAAGGGAGGACGUAAGAAGUAACGGACCUCACGGUCGGCAAGACAACUAUAGAGACACAAGGAGAGGAGGUGGUGAGCAGGGCAACAGGCCUGGAACGAGGGAACAGAGGGGCGGAAAAACGGAAAACCAGGAGUUCAGGGGGCAAAAUGACUCUUACCGAGACCACAGGAGGCAGCAGGACGGGAAUCCCAGGAGACAAGAACGAAAUUUGAACGAAAACUUCAAUCAAAACCAGCGGGACAAUUCCCAGCUGCAGCGUGGAGACAGGACUGAUCCCAGGCAGCACCAGGACCAGGGGAGUAGAUACGACAGCAGAAGGACUAACAACAGACAGGGGAGCUACGAGGACAGAGGAGGUGGUGGUGGGCAGAGGCAGGGAGGGAAUGAACGGACACACCAGCCAAGAAAUGCAGGGGAAGGCAGUCAGAGGAAGUGGAGAAGAAACGACCACUGUCUGGCCAGAUACUGGGAGGAUGGCAAGUUCUACCCUGCCAUGGUGACGGACGUGGCGCCAAACGGCCGUACAGCCGUCGUGCUCUUCUCAGAGUACGACAACUACGAAGAGGUGGAAAUGUUCAACAUCAGACCUACACAUGGUGGAGGUUGGAUGGACUCCUCGGAUCCUGCCUCCGCGGGCACAGCCCUGAGCGGGGACCAGAAAUACGAGCCGUACCAGGGGGACAUCAACACCACUCUGGAGUUCCACCGUAGCAGCGAUCGCCGGAGACCGCCCGCGGACCGCGCCCAGUCAGCCCCGACCCACGGGAGAGGACCCAGGGAACCCAAGAAACCCACCCGCCCUGCCCUGCCCAUCUACCAACCACCAGCCAAGAAGAAACAGUCCCCUGAGUGACCCAUAUUUAAACCUUUUGAAAUGUUUAUUUCAGUUUAACAUUGUGUGGUUGUGUUGACUGUAUGGGAGGACAAGUUAGGUGCUUCUCCAGGGCUUGAAAUCCUUUUUUUAUGCACACCUGCCCCAGUGUAGAUAACAUUAAAAAUUACCUGCAUCAGGCAAACUUUACCUGCACCACUCAGAAUUUAGGAAGUAUGAAUCAUACUAAAAGCUGUUUAGAAAUCAUUGCCAUUAUUUCUUUUAUACUGUACUUCAUAGGUGGUGACAGUCAACACAUCAAAUAAAAAUCCACACACCUACAUUUGUAUACAAACCCAGUACACGGACCAGAGCAGAUUGGGUGCAGGUAGACAUCAGAUCAGGAAUAACUGCACAGCUCCAAUUUUACCUGCACAUAACUACAGGUGGGAUUUCGAGCCCUGUUCUUACCUUCACAAACUGCCCUCCCAUGUACUUGACUCAACUAUACAACAGGAUUUCAAAAUAUAUAAUGUGGGCAAGUACAGAAUAAGCAUACUGUCAGCAAAGUUCAAAGAACACCAGUGUUUAAUUUGGCAAGUUACUUUUCCAAUGUCAAUGGCACUAAGUGAAAAUCCCCAUGUUUCAAUGUUGUGAUUGAAUAUGGAGUUAUAUUAAUUUCAUAACAGUUUUGAAAGAGUACAUGCUGUAUACCUCUCUAUUUUAGUGCCCUUAUAUCUUGUAACUAAAAUAGGCAUAAUAAGUUGAAGGAAGACAUAAUCAAUGUGAAAUUCUUAUAGAAUUCUGAAUUCCUAGUGUAUUUAUAAAUUGAAUGUGACAAGUGAUCAAAGAUUGGAAAAUUUGAAGAAUGAAAGUGUGGCACUAACACGUGCUUGAUCAUGAGUUGAAAUGUCAAGACCAAUGGUACACUAGAAGGUAACUAAUGAUCUGUUAAUUCUUACUCAAACAUAUUGAUCUACAAAUGAGGUGAAGCCAGCCACUCCAACUCAGUCUUGCUACAUAAUGUAACCCAAUGCCGUAGGGUGUCUGCUACAGCACCAGUUACCAUGGUGACAGCCAUCUGGUCCAGGUCAUUGACCAUAUGUGUCUGGAGAAGAAUAAGAAACAGAGCAAAAACAAUGUUUUCCUUCUGCGAAGGUAAACAAAAAAAGUAAUGUUGAUGCAACUGAGUGAGGCAGUUCUAUGAAAAAGAACCUCCUUGGUGCACCUUUUGAGACAUUCUUUACUCAUACACACAUUAAGGAGCCAGAACUUCUACAUAAGCCCUUCAAGUUGAUUGACUUGUUGUACAUGUAGCUCUAUUAUUAUAUUACAAUGAUUCAGGAUAACAUAGUGAAGAAAUUCCCCCAGUGGCAAAUAAAGUAGAAAUGAGCAAGAAAUAUUAAACAUAGGAAAGUGAUAGAACCAAAUUGUGCAGCUGAAUAGAGCUUGAAAUUGCCAACUCUGAAUAUUAUCGAACAUCUUACUCUCAGAUAUUCUAAGAUUAACAGAAACAUAAAUAGAGGCCAGUGGAUAACAAGGGUGACACUUCCCCUUUUAAGUGCCUGAAUUCAGGAUGCAUGUUGUGCUUUCUUUAUUUUGUACAUUUAUGACAAUUGAAAAUACCUCACUUUAAUGUAGAAAAUGAGAUUUUCCCACA